ACCACUUCAUUUUCCAGACCAUCUUCAACUUCUCACCUUCAGACAUUCUGACUGAAUCUUUUACUGUUUUGGGCUGCAAAUAGGCUUUAACAGGACCACCGCCUUUUGUUUGCUUUCAUGAUAUUCUUGUAUUGCGCGGGAGGAGAAAACCAGACAUUCUUUGGUUAUAACCUUAGCAAAGCAUAUUUCCCUAAAUCCCAGAGAAGUGAGGGAGAUUUGCGGUAAAUAUUUUCUGAGAUCUGAGUGUACUUAAAUAACCAAAAACAUGUUCAAGUCAUGGAGCAAGAAGAAGAAGGUCAAAGCAGUGUUCAAAUUGGAGUUUCAGGCAACUCAGGUGCCAAAGUUGAAAAAAUCUACAUUGAUGAUAUCUUUGGUGCCAGAGGAUGUUGGAAAGCCGACGCUGAGACUAGAGAAAACUGCAGUUCUGGAUGGAACGUGUUCAUGGGAGAAUCCUAUCUACGAGAAAGUGAAGCUCAUCAGGGAUACCAAAACAGGAAAACUCCACGAGAAGAUUUACCAUUUCAUUGUUUCAACUGGAUCAUCGAAAUCUGGUUAUCUCGGAGAAAGCUCCAUUGAUUUCUCAGAUUUUGCUGCAGAGUCCACACCAUCGACUGUUUCUCUGCCCCUUAAGUUCGCGAACUCUGGCGCUGUUCUCCAUGUGACAAUUCAGAAGAUGGAGGAACCUACUGAUCAAAAAGAUGGUGAUGAGUAUGGAGCUGCAUCGCUUUCCCACGAUGAAAACUUGAAGAACCAACCGGACGAUGGCAGUGCAGACGAAAACAAUUACAAUUUUGCUGAGCAUAAGCAUCUGAAUGAAACCACAUCUCAGAUUGCUGAACAAAAUGGCAUUUUCAGAGCAUCUACUGGCUCUAGUGCUACAUUAGCAUCAUGCUGGGAUAUCAGCCCUAUACAAAGUACACAACAAGAUCUUGGAUUCAGAAGUAAUCGCGUCCAUAAUGAACCUGCCUCAGAUUUCAGACAAAAUUCGAUGCAUCAGAAGGGAAUUGUUGAUUCGAUCACCACAAUAGACCGUGCACAUCGAAGAUGGAACACGGAUUGUUCAGUGGAUUCAGCUUCAGAUGGAAGUUUAGUCGACUCAAUAAACAGCCUUGAGGACAACCUUCCAAGAGAAAAGUUGCAGGAGGCUUCAGAUCAUGAUUCCAUAAAAAAACUCGAAAAUGAAAUUGCAACUCUGAUGAGGCAAGCAGAAUUAUCUGAAAUUGAAGUGCAAUCGCUUCGGAGACAAGUUGUGAAAGAGAGGAAGCAAGGAGAGAAUCUAUCAAGAAACAUGAUUAGUCUUAAAGAGGAGAAAGAUGCUCUCAAAAUAGAAUGUGAACAACUCAAGUCAGUGCAGAAACGUAGUAACGAGGCAGAAGCUCCAAAAACAUCACAGUCGAUCAUAAAUGCAAGAGCUCGAUUAGAAGCAAUGAGACAAGAGCUUAAUCAUGAAAAGAACAUAAGCAAGGAUCUUAAGUUACAGCUGCAGAAGACACAAGACUCGAACUCUGAGUUAAUUCAAGCAGUGAGAGAUCUCGAAGAAAUGCUGGAGAGAAAAAAUAGGGAAAUUACUGAUAUUUCCACUACCAAUUUGAAUGGGGAUAAAAAUCCUACACUGGAAGAAGUGGCCAAAGAGUACAAUUACUCGGAGGAAGUAGACCUGUUGAAGCAGAAUAUCACAGACCUGAAUGGUGAAAUAGACUUCUACAAGAAACACAAGGAAGAGCUAGACAUGCACAUGAAACAGCUCAUCUGGGACUAUGAGCUUUUGGAGCAGCAAAACCAUGAUAUCUCAUUGAAUUUAGAGCAAACCCAAAUAAAACAACAGAUGACACAGAGUGAAUGUGCGGUGUCUUUGGCUACAAUAAAAGAACUUGAAUCCAAGAUAGGGAGAUUAGAAGGAAAAAUCAAGCAGCAGGAAGAGGAAUUCUCAGAAUCUUUGAUCUCCAUAAAUGAACUCGAAGGUCAGGUUGAGAGUUUAGAGAAAGAACUGGAGAAGCAGGCUCAGAGAUUUGAAGAAGAUCUAAAUGCCAUGACAUGUGCCAAAACUGAGCUGGAGCAGAUAGCCAUCCGAGCAGAGGAGGCCUCGAGGAAGACAAGGUGGAACAAUGCUGUUGUGGUUGAGCGUCUCCAGGAGGAGUUGAGAAGUAUUUCUGUGGAAAUGGCAUCUAAGCUUGAUGAGCAAGAGAAGCAGGCCAUGAAAGCAUUGAAAGAAGCCAAUGAGUUGCGUCUGCAGAAACGAACUCUGGAAGAAAUGCUCCAGAAAGCUAAUGAAGAGCUUGAAGUAAUCAAAGAUCAGAAUGAAGCAAAACAGCAAAAGUUUCUGAACCAAAUACAUCUAAAUGAAAAGGAAAUAGAGAAGAUAUCAUUGGAACUAGACCAAAAGUGCAUGCAACUUGAAUUUGCACAAAAUCAUGAGAGAGAAAACCAUGAGGCUAUCUCGAUGGAGAUCCAAAUGCUUAGAGCAGAAGUAGAAAGGCUCACCAAAGAAAAGUAUAACUUCUUUGAUCAGCCAAUUGAUGACAAAGAGAUGCACAUGCAAAUUUGGAACAAAGAAAAGGAUGAUUUGGAGAAAAAAAUAGCUUUAGCAAAGAAGGAAGCAGAAAAAAUGCAUGAAGAAUUAAUUACCAUGAGGUCCUCAAAAGAUGAGAAGGAAGCGAUGAAUAAUAAUUUGCUGUCAGAAGUGGAAAAGCUGAAAGCCCGACAUGAUGAGUUAAAACAUGGCCUGGAAAGAGAAGAAUUGGAGAAAGAAAACUUAAGGAAACAGAUAUUUCAACUGAAGUAUCAGCUACAGAAGAAGGAAGAAGAAAUCGCCAGUAUCGAGAAGAAGCUCAUGAAUUGCAAUGGACAGUCUGAAAAAAAGGAAAAUGUCAAAGAAAAGUUACUGCUUUCUAAAAUGAGCACUACAGAAGGCAUGUCAUUGCAGAAAGGAAUAAAUGUAGCAUCACAUGAAAGGAUUAUAGAAAUUCACCCUGAGAAAGAGCUGAAAGUCUGCACCUAUACCAAGGAUGACUGUAACGCUGCCACCAUGUUCUCUGAAGUGGCAUUACUGAAGGAAAGGAACAAAUAUAUGGAAAAAGAGCUGAAAGAAAUGGAAGAUAGAUAUUCAGAAAUAAGUCUUAGAUUUGCAGAGGUAGAGGGUGAAAGGCAACAACUAGUGAUGACUGUACGCAACCUCAAGAAUGGUAAGAAGAAUUAGCAUUCUAUAAUGGAAUAUCAGGGCCAUGCACGGAGCUACUCAUUGGUGAAGCAGCAGGACAUGGUCAAGAAAGCAAUAUCAAGUACAUAAAAAGUAACAUUUCCUCGUGCAUCUAUUGCUCAUCCCACCGUUCAGGGACAGGACAAGAUUACCCAGGAAAUCAAUGAAUUGUCCUGAUAUGCUCAGCAGAGGAUCAAGGAUCCGUAAUCCAGUAGAUGUGAUCAAGAGAAAUAUAUUUAGUCUAUAUUAUUAUCAACACAUUGCUUGCA